UUCCACGGUGAACAACUCCGCCACCAACACUACCUCCAGGCCCUGCGCCUGAAAUAAGGCGGGCGAACUGGCAGCGUUAAAAUACCGGCUCCUAACUGGCCACCCGGAGGAGUAAUCUGGUUCGGGAGGGCUCUGGAGACGCGCCUCGGCUCGGGGUCGGCCGCGAACGUGGCUCGCUUUCCAGGCCUCUCUCUAGCUUUUGCCAAGUUUCUGAUUAAAGACUGACAUUCCUGCAUGAGCGUUUUCCUGUUAAAAUGUCCUUGCCUCUUACAGAGGAGCAGAGGAAAAAAAUUGAAGAGAAUCGGCAAAAGGCUCUGGCCCGUAGAGCUGAGAAAUUAUUGGCAGAACAGCGUCAGAACGCAGGCUCUGGCUUCGCCGUUGCUGCCACACCUUCCCAGUCCAAGCAGGGCCCUUCUCAAAACCUCCCCAGGGAUCCUUCUAACUCAGGGAGCCAUGGUGUUGUUUUCAAGCAACAGAAUCCCAGGAGUUCAUCAAAUGGUGACCAGAGACCCCCAAAUUCCCAGAGUUUUCAACUCAGCACCUCAACGUGGGCACAGGGGACAUGGAAAAGGCAAGAGAAGAUGCCCACAUCCUGCCCAAGCCACAGCCCACCGAGCCAAAUGACUGUCACUGGCAUCUCCCCUCCCUUGGCACACAGCCCUCCAGAGGUCACCAGCCAACAGCUCUUGGGUUAUGAGUUAGGUUAUGGUCAUCCUCAGGCUUCACACGAGACCACAUUGACACCUUUUGCUAACACAGCUCAUGAGCCUUUGGCCAAAGCAAAGAAUUCCCAGGAAACAGCAGCUUCUUCCUCCCGACCCAGAGAUCCUGAAUUAGAGGCCAAGAUGUCAAGACCCUCCACCUCCGGACAGAACAUUUCUGACAUCCGUUGUGGCUCAGGGAGUGUGACGCCUAAGACAGAAGGAAGACUCCAACAGAAAUCGGGGACCCCACUCCAGAAAGCGGCAAGCUCCCAGCAGGGAACAUGCAUAAGGGAUGGAGACCGUUUCCAGGUGAAGAUCGGGUACAAUGUGGAGCUCAUUGCAGUGUUUAAGAGUCUGCCCAGCAGACGUUACGAUCCUGCCACCAAGACGUGGAACUUCAGCAUGACGGACUACGAUGCCCUAAUGAGAGCAGCCCAACACCUCCCUGCUGUCACCCUGCAGCCUUUGGAAGGGGCCGAGGGCCGCAGGGAGCCACCCUCCACUGGCAGCGGCAGCGUGGCCCAGGCCUGCCUUCCUGCAGCUCCCUCCCUCACCUUUGUCAAAGGGCAGUGCAUGCUCAUCUCCCGGGCCCGCUUCGAGGCAGACAUCGGCUACUCAGAAGGCCUGAUUGCACUGUUUCAACAGAUGGAUUCCAGACAUUACGAUGUCAAGACCAGGAAGUGGAACUUUCUCCUGGAAGAGCACAAUAAACUAAUUGAAAGGGCGCGCUGCCUUCCCCAAGUUCAGCUGGAUCCUUUGCCCAAGACGCUCACCCUGGCUUUCGCUUCUCAGCUCGAGAAGACGUCUCUCUGUCCAGUGGCAGACAUCCCUGAGGCAGACCUUUCCGGGGUGGAUUCCAAGCUUGUGUCUAGCCUGCUGCCCUUCCAGAGGACUGGGGUCAAUUUUGCCAUCGCGAAAAGAGGCCGCCUGCUGCUGGCCGAUGACAUGGGCCUGGGGAAGACCAUCCAAGCCAUCUGCAUCGUGGCCUACUACCAGAAGGAGUGGCCGCUCCUGGUGGUGGUACCUUCAUCCGUGCGCUUCACCUGGGAGCAGGCCUUCCGUCGGUGGCUGCCGUCUCUGAGGCCAGACCGCAUCAAUGUCGUGGUGACUGGGAAGGACUGCCUAACGGCUGGCCUGGUCAACAUUGUCAGUUUUGACCUUCUGAGCAAGUUAGAAAGGCAACUCAAAACCCCUUUUAAAGUUGUCAUCAUUGAUGAAUCUCACUUCCUCAAAAAUAUUAAGACCGCCCGCUGUCGCGCGGCUAUGCCUCUCCUCAAGGUUGCCAAGCGGGUGAUCUUACUGUCAGGCACGCCAGCCAUGUCCCGGCCUGCUGAGCUCUACACGCAGAUCCUUGCUGUCAAGCCAACCUUCUUCCCUCAGUUCCACGCCUUUGGACUUCGCUACUGUGGUGCCAAGCGGAUGCCCUGGGGAUGGGAUUAUUCGGGCUCCUCCAACCUCGGAGAGCUGAAGCUCCUGCUGGAGGAGGCGGUCAUGCUGCGACGCCUCAAGUGUGACGUCCUCUCCCAGCUCCCAGCCAAGCAGCGCAAGAUGGUGGUGGUGGCCCCAGGCCAGAUCAGCGCUGGGACCAGAGCUGCCCUAGAUGCCAUGGCCAAGGAGAUGACCACCAAGGACAAAACUAAACAGCAGCAGAAAGAAGCCCUCAUUCUCUUCUUCAACAGAACAGCUGAAGCUAAAAUCCCAUCUGUCAUUGAAUACAUCCUGGACCUACUGGAAAGUGGAAGAGAGAAGUUUCUAGUGUUUGCACACCAUAAGGUGGUUCUGGAUGCAAUUACGAAACAGCUUGAGAGGAAGCGCGUGCAGCACAUCCGCAUCGAUGGCUCCACCCCCUCGGCCGACCGUGAGGACCUGUGCCAGCAGUUCCAGCAGUCCCAGGGGCACGCCGUGGCUGUGCUGUCCAUCACUGCCGCCAACAUGGGCCUCACCUUCUCCUCAGCUGAGCUGGUGGUGUUCGCAGAGUUAUUCUGGAACCCAGGGGUGCUGAUCCAGGCUGAGGACCGGGUGCACCGCAUCGGACAGUUGAACUCCGUGGGCAUCCACUACCUCGUGGCGAGAGGCACGGCUGACGACUACCUUUGGCCCCUGAUUCAAGAGAAGAUUAAAGUUCUGGGGGAAGCCGGGCUUUCUGAGACCAAUUUUUCAGAAAUGACAGAAGCCACAGGUUAUUUCUACAAGGACCCAAAGCAGCAGAAGAUCUAUGACCUGUUCCAGAAGUCCUUUGAGGAGGACGGCAGUGACGCGGCGCUCCUGGAGGCAGCGGAGUCCUUCGACCCAGGAAGUGCCUCCGGGGCUGGUUCCCGGGACACGGGAGACACGCCAGAUGAAAGCACACUGCUGGGCAGUCCACUGAAGAAAAAGAGAUUUGAAUUUUUUGAUAACUGGGACAGCUUUACCUCUCCUCUGUAGAAGGGGCCAAAAAAGCAUGAAAAAUCAUGGGAUUCAUUAAAGUAAAAUAAAAUAAGGCAUUUUGUUUCUAAA